AUGCCUUCAGGUAUAGAUGACCACAUUACUGAGAUCUCAGAUCCCAUGUCUGAGAACGAGGACGAGUCUGAGAUCUACAACAGAGACGACGACAAGAUGGCGGAGAGUAGCAACACCGAUAGCAACGGUGCGGUCAAGAAGAAGUAUGAUCCUAAAGAUCCUUCGAGACCCAGGCGCAAGAAGGCAAGGCGGGCAUGCUUUGCUUGUCAACGUGCUCAUCUCACCUGUGGAGACGAGAGGCCGUGCCAAAGAUGCAUCAAGCGCGGACUUGGUGACGCUUGCCAGGAUGGCGUUCGUAAGAAAGCCAAGUACCUCCACGAUGCCCCGCCAGAGGCUCUCAGGCCAGUCCUAGGUCCUACCUACAAUCCCAGCACGACUUCCACCCGACCACCAAACCAGCGCCAGAACUCGAGCAAUUCAGACAACGCCAUGUCAACUGGGGCCGCCAGCGGUACCUUCUUUUCUCAGGCCAGCGGGUCGACUUUCCCCGUGUAUCCGACCGGAACCCAAACAUCCGUAGGGAUGUCUGAUGGAUUCCCAUUUGGGCCACAAGCCUCACCAGCGACAGCAACCUUCCCUGGGGCGCCCAAUAGUAAUCCGCCAAUAGAGGGUCUAAUGGCAACGAACACCAUGGACUUCAAUGCGCUUUUUGACCCUAGCAACCCUGCGCUGUACAACUUUGACCUGGAGGGUCUCAACUUUGGCAGCCAGUAUGCGGGUUGGGAGUUUGGUAUCCUCAACAAGAUGGGUCUAGGUGCCGAGACUCCUCCUCGCGAGAAUUCUCUAUCGCAGACGCCUACGAAUGAGUAUGCUACGGUGUUUGGCAAUGGAUCGAACCACACCUAUGAUGGAUUGAUGGGUGGAGACUUCACGGGAGUUGACCAGAACGCGACCAUUUACAACCAAGGAAACCUCCAGCACGGGCUGCCUCAUGCCUACGCAAUUGCUGCUGGGCCUACUAGCCUUGCUAGCCCAAGCACGGAGACCACAGCAAGCCCGCAAGCCCCUGGCGGCGUGGGUGACGGGUCACCAACACCAACACAUUUAGCCAACAUCAAUAUGGUGUCGGCGGCUCAUCGUAUGAAGCCGAAAGGAAACAAGUCCAGCCAGACAAUCUUGGGUAAACGCCAUCGUGAUGCAGCAUCCAUUUACGAAAGUGUCAAGGAGCCAUAUCCUUAUACAACAGGCUUCCACAACAUGAUUUCUGUCAUGCGCAAGCGCCUCCCCCUCCCUAAGCUGCUACGUAUUGCCAGGGCACUCGGCGAGAUUCGACCCUCGUUCAUUGCUUCUACAAAGGAUCUGACUCGUGAGGAUCUCAUCUUCAUGGAGAAGUGCUUCCAACGAACCCUGGUCGAAUUCGAUGAUUUCUUGCAGCAUUGCUGUGCCCCGACCAUUGUCUGCCGUCGGUCCGGAGAGGUUGCUGCCGUGAACAAGGAAUUCACCGCGCUAACUGGCUGGACCAAGGACGUUUUGCUGGGCAAGGAACCCAACAAGUACGUGCCGGCGAACCCAGUCACCAAUGGCUCCUCCACUCCAGAAAACGAUGCCGGCCAGCAAAGCAAUGGCAACGGCGAGAACAAUGCGGGUAGACCUCAACCUGUGUUUUUAGCAGAGCUGCUUGACGAUGACAGCAUCGUGGAGUUCUAUAAUGACUACUCGCUUUUGGCAUUCGAAGACUCCCGAGGCAAGGUCCAAAGAAGCUGCCGCUUGCUCAAGUACAGGACACAAGAACAGUCUGUUGUAAAGGAAGGCCCGCAGAAGGAUCCUCGACUUGGCAUGCUCAGCAAUCGGGUCACAACAAUCGACGGCGAACACGGAAUAUCAAGAAUUGAACAAGAUGGCAAGGUCAACUGCACAUGUUGCUGGACCAUCAAGCGCGAUGUGUUUGAUAUUCCCAUGAUGAUCAUCAUCAACUUCUUGCCGAGAUAUUACCCCAACCAAGAGGUACAGCAAUUGGCCGUGUAA